UGAACACUAUUACACCAAAUAUUAAUUAUUAAAUAUUGCAUUAUAUAUACAUUUAUUUGCAAAAAAAUUGUAUAUAAAAAACAAAAACUGAAUCUUUGACUCCAGCAACUUCGGGCGGAACCUAGUUACCUAUUAUAGGUAAGUAUAGGUAUUUUAAAAGUAUAUAAGAACGCAUUAAAUACAUAUUAUGAAUUACGCCAUGGCGUGUAACAGCUUUUAUAGUCUAUUGAUCUUUAAUCUUUAUUUUGGUGCUUAUAUACUUACUUAGAUAAACAGUAGGUAACUUAAAUAAUUAUUUUUUGAGUGCCCAUGAUAUCAAGAAUUUUGCAAUAAACGAAACGUGAGGAAACAAAGCCGCUCUUGAUAAGUGCUCACAUUAUCUCUGAACCAUUUAGACCUGUAAAAUAUUUAAAUGUUUUUAGCUUUUCUAUUGUUAGUUUAACAACAGAGCAAUUAGGAUUAAUACUUAUACUGUAUUUCAUAUAGUAGUCUGCAGUAGUUUAUUUGUCUGAUUAAAUAAAUAUAAAAAUACAAAGUGACUGUGGAGUGCUUUGGAGUGUAGAAUAUUUAAGUUUUGACGGAAUAAGGUCGUUAUGUGCAAAUAAUAACCUAACCACAGUCACUACAUUUUUACAAUGUAGUCUGUUUAAUUAUCUAAUUCAGACCGUGCGUAUAGUGUGCGAAUAUUCGCUAUUAAUUCCACCACUAAUCCAAUCUCUCAUCGAAGCACCAUUGAGAAUAUGGUCGUUGGCCUUUAUUUAUUCAAUUUUAUUUAAAUUGUAUGAUAAAUUAUAUUGAAUGAAUAAGUUUUAAUUCUUAGCGUUUUAUGUAAUUCAAUUUUUGAAAUAUACCAGAAUAGGUAUAACAACAAACGUAUACAUUUAAAUAACGUCAGAUAUCAACUGUCAAAGAUUUGAAGUAAACUAAAAUAUAGGUUAUGUCCUCGAAAAAGAUGGAUGCAGGACAAAAGCCGAAAGUUCUGAAAUCCAAGAGACAUGAACCAGCAAAAUAUAAAAAUAGUUCUCACAUGGUUAGUGUAUUUCAAUUCCUCCAAAAAUUUCGCAAUGAUGAAGUUUUAUGUGAUGUUAGGAUAGAAACAAAUUUUGGAAAAACAGUGUUUGGACAUAAAAUUGUUUUUAUAUCUGCCAGUCCAUAUUUUCGUGAAAUGUUCACAUUUGUUGCAGAAGGUAAAAAAGACUAUGUUGAAAGAUUAAAGGAGUUAGAUUUCAAAGUCUUACAACUCUUGGUGGAUUAUAUGUAUACAGGCGAAAUCACAAUUACCAAAGAAAAUGUACAGAUUGUGUUGCCAGCUGCAGAUCUCUUACAGUUAGAAUAUGUAAAACGAGCUUGUGUUGGAUUUUUACAAAAACACUUGAAUCCUUCAAAUUGUCUUGGUAUUAAAUCAUUUGCUGACUUAUAUAGCUAUAAGGAAUUGUCGUUAAUCUCCGAAGAAUUUAUUAAAAAACAGUUUUUAGAAGUGGUGGAGUAUCCCGAGUUUCUAUCUUUAUCUUCCGAAGAAUUGAUUAAGUUAAUAUCAUCUGAUGACAUUUCUAUGCCACUUGAAGAAAAAGUAUUUGAAUGUGUUAUUAAUUGGGUAAAAUAUAGAUUGAAUUCUAGAAAAGAUUUUUUGCCCGAUCUUAUGGAACAUGUACGUUUGCCAUUAGUUUCGAAAGAGUACAUAUUAGAUAAAGUAGUUGAUGAACCUCUUCUUAAAAGUAAUCCAAAAUGUAAAGAUUAUGUAUUUGAAGCAUUACAUUUUAAUCUAAUGAAUUCAGUUGAUCCUGCCUCUGUUCCAAAAACGAUUCGGAGUAAACCUAGACCUUGUAGUUUACAAAAAGUUGUUCUAGUUUUCAGUUGGUCACCAACAACUCAUAAGAGUGUUACAAACUGGUAUGACCCAGUAACUAACCUAUGGCAUAUUGCACCAGAAAUUAAUAGAUAUUGUAAGGAAUGCCCGACUGCAGCUGGUCUGUGCGUUAUAAAAGAUAAACUCGUGUUUUCUGUGGAUUCCGAAUUGGAACUUAUGUCUUUAGGAUUAAAUACCUUAGAUUGA